UCGAGCAUGUGUCCAUGCUGGUGAUCCUGCUCAACUGUGUGACUCUGGGGAUGUUCCAGCCCUGCGAGGACGUCGCCUGCCAGUCGGAGUGGUGCCGCAUCCUGCUGGCACUGGACGACUGCAUCUUUGCUUUCUUUGCUAUGGAAAUGGUCAUCAAGAUGGUGGCCUUGGGAAUUUUCGGCCCCAACUGUUACCUUGGUGACAAGUGGAACCAGCUUGACUUUGUCAUUGUCAUGGCAGGGAUGAUGGAGUACUCUGUGGAUGGCCAUAAUGCCAGUCUGUCAGCCAUCCGUACCGUCCGUGUGCUCAGGCCACUGCGAGCCAUCAACAGAGUUCCAAGUAUGCGGAUCUUGGUAACACUGCUGUUGGACACCCUGCCCAUGUUAGGAAAUGUCCUCCUCCUCUGCUUCUUUGUCUUUUUCAUCUUUGGCAUCGUGGGAGUCCAGCUGUGGGCAGGACUUCUGCGCAACCGCUGCUUCCUGGGAGAGAAUAUCAUAACAAUGUACAACUUGUCCCUGAAUUCUUACUACAUGUCUGAGGAGGGUGAAGACAGUCCAUUCAUCUGCUCAGCCGCCCGCGAGAAUGGGAUGCUGCGCUGCCACGACGUGCCGCCCUACUCCGAGGGCGGCGCCGAGUGUUCACUGGAAGCGCCGCAUCAAAGCUCUUCGCCUCUAAUUGGAUCGCUCCCCGUGGUGGGAGGAGCCAGCGUAAAUGGCUGCGUUAACUGGAACCAGUACUAUAAUGUGUGUCAACCUGGAAGCCUCAACCCUCACAAAGGAGCUGUUAACUUUGACAAUAUUGGCUACGCCUGGAUAGCCAUAUUCCAGGUCAUCACACUGGAAGGAUGGGUCGAUAUCAUGUACUAUGUCAUGGAUGCACACUCCUUCUACAAUUUUAUAUAUUUUAUACUGCUCAUUAUUGUGGGCUCUUUCUUCAUGAUCAACUUGUGCCUCGUGGUCAUCGCCACCCAGUUCUCGGAGACAAAGCAGCGGGAAAAUGCCCUGAUGAGGGAGCAGCGUGCGCGCUACAUGUCCAACGACUCAACGCUCGCCAGUUACAGCGAACCGGGUUCCUGCUAUGAAGAGAUGCUACGCUACAUCAGUCACCUUUAUCGCAAGUUUACACGCAGGGUGCAGAGGAUAUACUCUGGGUGGCACAGUAAACGACGUAAAAAGGUGAAUCCCAAUGGCAGUGGUGGAGGCAGUAAUGGUGGGGGUAACGGACAUGGCCACGGCUCCAGCAGGGGCUGUGGAGGAUCAGGCCCAAAUAGUGCAUUUUGGCUGAGGCCGAUCCAUAACCUACUGCAGCACCAUCAGCACCAGCACUGUCGCCUCAGCAACGGCAGCCAGCACGCCAUUAGUGUGGAAGGUACUGAGGACAUGGACAGAGAGGGAGGCAUUGGAGGAGGAGGAGGAGGAGGAGAGGAGCUGGAGAUGAAGUCACUUUCUGCCCAGAGAGGAAGUACAAAUGAGAAUAACAGCGGUAGCGGGGGAGCCGGCAACUCAUCUGUUGUUACCCAUGGCGUGGGUGUACUGCUCGGGCGGCUGAAUGGGGGGAUGAACUACCCGACCAUCCUGCCAUCGUUUGUGUGCAGCUACAGCAGCAAGACGCCACCACCUCACUCGCAGCAGUGCAGACCCAGUCCAGAGCAGCACCCACCGAGUCACACAGCGUCUGACCACACAGAGACGCUGAACAAGCUCUACCAGCUCAUGGGACAGCACAGUCGCCAGCGGCUGCUGUACCAGCUGGCCGGCGUGGUGCCCAGCCCUCUGCUCCUGGAGCUGCUCAGCUGCCCUCUAUGUGCGCGCAGCCUUGAGACCUUAGAGCUGGAGCUGGGAGACCUUGAGGGUGGCAGAGGAGAGGCGGACGGACUGCACGACUUCCCCCAGGUGGGACAUCUGAGAGGUGGAAGAGGUCGAGGCCGUCGGCAAGGGGUGGUGGAUUAUAAAAACGGAGUGGUCCGCGCCUGGGUAGGGUUCAGGGAAAAACUGAAGAGGAUUGUGGAGAGCAAAUACUUUAACCGGGGGAUCAUGAUCGCUAUCCUCGUCAAUACUCUCAGCAUGGGGAUAGAGUACCACGAGCAGCCUGAGGAGCUGACUGACGUGUUGGAGAUCAGUAACAUCGUCUUCACCAGCAUGUUUGUCUUGGAGAUGGGCUUCAUGCUGCUGGCUUUCGGCUUGUUUGGAUACAUCAGGAACCCAUACAACAUUUUUGAUAGCAUCAUUGUUAUCAUCAGUGUGUGGGAGAUCAUUGGCCAGUCAGACGGCGGGCUCUCAGUGCUGCGGACGUUUCGUCUGCUGCGGGUUCUGAAGCUGGUUCGCUUUCUGCCCGCGCUGAGGAGACAGUUGGUGGUGCUGAUGAAGACCAUGGACAACGUGGCCACCUUCUGCAUGCUGCUCAUGCUUUUCAUCUUCACCUUCAGUAUACUGGGCAUGCAUCUGUUUGGCUGUAAAUUCAGCAUCCAAAUGAAGAAUGGAGACACAAUUCCUGACCGCAAGAACUUUGACUCUUUACUCUGGGCCAUUGUUACUGUGUUUCAGAUUCUGACCCAGGAGGACUGGAACGUAGUGCUGUAUAACGGCAUGGCUUCUACCUCUCCGUGGGCAGCGCUCUACUUUGUUGCUCUCAUGACGUUUGGCAACUAUGUGCUUUUCAAUUUACUUGUGGCCAUCUUGGUCGAGGGCUUCCAGGCCGAGGGUGAUGCCAAUCGGUCGGAGUCGGACGAUGAGAAGAAAUCAGACAACUUUGAGGAGGACGAAAAGGUGGAACAGCUCAGAGACACCGAGCUAAAGAUGUACUCUCUAAUGAUGACAGCCAACGGUCACGUAGACCCACACAGCUCCAUGGCUCCUCCUAUAAUCAUGCGGACGGCAGCGACGCCCAUGCCCACUCCUAAGAGCUCCCUGGGCCCCGAGUCGUUCCUUGGGGACGAGCUUGUCAGAGGCGAGGUGGGCUUUUCGGAGACAAUAUGUGGUCACGCGGAGUCUCGCCGUGGAAGUUCCGCCUCCAUGGAUCCUUUAGCCUACGACCAGCACUCUUUGUGUCUCUCAAGUCCAGGCCGGCGCUCCCCUCUUCCUCCCCGUGGCUCCGGCAGCUCCUGGGGAAGUCGCCGCUCGAGUUGGAACAGCCUGGGAAGAGCGCCAAGCCUGAAAAGGCGCGACACCAGCGGAGAGAGGGAGAGCCUUCUGUCCGGGGAGGGAGGGGAAGAGGAAGAUGGUGGGGAGGAUACACUGGAGCCUGCUGGAAACAACAGAUUGCGGCCUGGGUCCUUGGAGGUGCUACAGGCGUCCACUCUCAUGCCUUCCAUAAUAGCUGAGUAUGGCGACUGUAACGGGAGGACCAGGACUUACGACCCCAACAUGAACUCGACAGAUAGCAAGGACGACUCAUUGCCCGAAGAUGACAUAGACGAUGAUAGCUCCUUUUGCCUCUGGAUCAAGAAGGAGCUCCUUAACCUGAAGCCCCGCUGGUGCAAAGAGCAUGAAGACUGGGGGCUGUAUUUGUUCUCCCCAGAAAACCAAUUCCGUGUUUGGUGCCAAGCUGUAAUCUCCCACAGACUGUUUGACCACAUAGUUCUUGUUUUCAUCUUCCUCAACUGCAUCACCAUCGCUCUGGAAAGACCAAACAUCCAGCCGCACAGCACGGAGCGAGUCUUUCUGAGUGUGUCCAACUACGUUUUCACUGUGAUCUUCUUUGCAGAAAUGGCCAUUAAGGUUUCUGCUCUCGGCUUCUGCUUUGGGAAGCAGAGCUACCUCCAGUCCAGCUGGAAUGUUCUGGACGGUUUGUUGGUCUUUGUGUCUCUGGUGGAUAUUCUGGUCUCUAUGGCCUCUAGUGGAGGAAACAGGAUCCUGGGCAUCCUCAGAGUCCUGCGCCUGCUACGAACACUACGCCCACUCAGGGUUAUUAGUCGAGCCCCUGGGUUGAAGCUGGUUGUGGAAACUCUCAUUACUUCUCUCAGACCUAUCGGGAACAUCGUUCUUAUCUGCUGCGCCUUCUUCAUUGUCUUUGGCAUCCUGGGGGUUCAGCUAUUCAAAGGCAAGUUCUACCAUUGUGAAGGUCUGGACACGAAAAACGUCACAAACAAGUCCGACUGUCUGCAGGCAAAUUACCGCUGGAUACGAAGGAAGUACAACUUUGACAACCUGGUCCAGGCGCUGAUGUCCCUGUUUGUGCUGUCGUGUAAGGAUGGCUGGGUGAACAUCAUGUAUGAUGGGCUGGAUGCAGUGGGAGUGGACCAGCAGCCUGUGAGAAACCACAAUCCCUGGAUGCUGCUCUACUUCAUCUCCUUCCUGCUCAUUGUCAGCUUCUUCGUCCUGAACAUGUUCGUCGGCGUCGUGGUGGAGAACUUCCACAAGUGCCGGCAGGACCAGGAAGAGGAGGAGGCUCGCUUACGGGAGGAGAAGAGGCUCAAAAUGAUAGAGAAAAAGCGCAGGAGUAAGGAGAAUGGAGGGGCUGAGGCCAAGCAGAGACCUUACUAUGCAGACUACUCUCCCCUGCGACUGUCCAUACACACACUGUGUACCAGCCACUACCUGGACCUCUUCAUCACCUUCAUCAUCUGCAUCAACGUCGUCACCAUGAGCAUCGAGCACUACAACCAGCCGCAGUAUUUAGAGGAGGUUCUGAAGUACUGUAACUACGUGUUUACCAUCAUCUUCGUCAUCGAGGCCCUGCUCAAACUUGUGGCCUUUGGCAUACACAGGUUCUUCAAAGACAGGUGGAAUCAGCUGGAUAUAGCGAUCGUGGCCUUGUCCAUCAUGGGCAUCACACUGGAGGAGCUGAAAAUGAGUGCAGCCCUGCCCAUAAACCCGACCAUCAUCAGGAUUAUGAGAGUACUCCGAAUAGCCAGAGUGCUGAAACUUCUUAAGAUGGCCACGGGGAUGAGAGCUCUGCUGGAUACUGUCAUGCAAGCGCUGCCACAGGUGGGAAACCUUGGUCUCCUCUUCAUGCUGCUCUUCUUCAUCUAUGCUGCGCUGGGAGUGGAGCUCUUUGGCAAACUGGAUUGCGAUGACAACAACCCGUGUGAGGGCCUGAGUCGCCAUGCAACGUUUAAGAAUUUUGGGAUGGCCUUCCUCACGCUGUUCCGAGUGUCCACCGGAGACAACUGGAAUGGGAUUAUGAAAGAUACUUUAAGGGAGUGUCCUCCGGAUGACGACCGCUGUCUCACCUACCUGCCCCUGGUCUCUCCGAUGUACUUUGUCACCUUUGUUCUCAUGGCCCAGUUUGUGCUGGUCAACGUGGUGGUGGCUGUUUUGAUGAAACAUCUGGAGGAAAGCAACAAGGAGGCUAAAGAGGAUGCAGAGAUGGAUGCAGAGAUUGCCUUGGAAAUGGCUAUGGAGAGGGAACGCAAAUUAAGCAUCACCUCUAACAGCAGCUCGGUGGAUGGAGCCUAUGUUGGACCAUGUCCACAGUCACCUGGACAGGAGGAGGAAGUCCAAUACAAGGACCAAGACCUGCUGUCAUCAAGGAAGAUGUCUGUAUCCAGGAUGCACUCACUGCCCAAUGACAGCUACAUGUUCCGACCUGUGCGACCCGCCAGCGCUCCCUACCCUUUGGAGGAGGUUGAUCCCCAGCAGCAGCAUUCAGUCAGAAUCUAAUGGCAUGUUGUGGCCAGGCUCUGGACAGGCUCAGCUCUGUCCCCAGGUACUCACUGCAGUGGAUGAGCUCACACAUGUGAACCCGUGCAACCUUCUCACAGGCUCAUCUGCUCAGCUGCGGAAUGAUUCAAUCCUGAGAAUGAUGCAUAACUUCAUGGCCAAGCUGCAAAGUUAAUAAAAAAACAAACAAAAAAAUAUUGUUAAUGUUUAAAAAAAAAAAAAAAAAAAGUGGUUAAACACAUUUUAAGAUCACGAUUCGUUGACUUUUCAGCUUGGACUUUUAGAACUGACUUGAAGAGAAGUUGUUUGAUAUGUAAAUCUGACCGUCUUGACAUGUUUUUACUUUAAUUGCAUCUUUUGCACCUGAGUCUUAAGCAUUCUGCACACACAGGUGCUCAAAAUGUGUUCAAAAUGCUUAAGACCCCGGUUACACAGCUUCACUGCAGUCAACAUAG